UGAACGCGUGUUCGUGAUUUUUUAUAAUCGUCAUCAUUUGUUCUCGGUUUUCUUUCGUUCAUCAAAUUCAUUAAAAAAAAUUCAAUUCCCAAAUUUCUGAUUUACCUAUUACAGGAAAUCAUGCGGGAGAUUGUUCACGUUCAAAUCGGACAGUGUGGAAAUGGAAUCGGCUGUCGGUUUUGGGAAGUAAUUGCUGACGAGCAUGGAGUUGAUUGCUCGGGAAAUUGGCGCGGGGAAUCCGAUCUACAAUUGGAGAGGAUGAAUGUAUUUUUCACGGAAGCGAGAGGUGGACGAUUUGUUCCCCGGGCCAUCCUAGUGGACCUGGACGAGUCCAGUCUCGCCACGGCGAUGUCCGGCACUGUCGGUCGUCUUUUCAGUCCAGAUAAUGUUUUAUCAGGACGAGCACCAGCCGCCAAUAAUUGGGCAAAAGGUCAUUACACCGAAGGAGCAGAAAUUAUGGAUCAUACUCUGGAGCUCAUACGCAGGGAGGCUGAGACCUGCGACAUGAUUCAGGGAUUUCAAGUGGUCCAUUCACUGGGUGGUGGGACAGGCUCAGGAAUGGGUGCUCUACUUCUGGAGAAUAUCAGGGGAGAAUAUGGAGACAGGAUAGUAUCGACGUACUCGGUUUUACCCUCUGCUAAAAUAUCGGAGACUGUUGUGGAGCCGUACAACGCGACUCUCUCCAUUAAUCGACUUGUCGCGACGACUCAUGAGACCUUUUUUAUCGAUAAUCAGGCUCUGCACGAAAUUUGCACGCGAAUAUUGAAACUUAGAAAGCCAUCUUACGGGGAUACGAAUCAUCUGGUGGCGAUGUGCAUGGCGGGGGUGACAACUUGUUUGAGAUUUCCUGGACAGCUGAAUGCAGAUCUGCGGAAAAUACUUGUCAAUAUGGUGCCGUUCCCCAGGUUGCAUUUUUUUGCACCUGGGUAUGCACCACUGGUGUCCAGGGGGGCCCGUGACUAUCGGGCCUUGAGUGUUCCUGAGCUGACGAAACAGGUGUUCGAUGCUAAAGGACUUUUCGCUGACUGUGAUCCUACCAGGGGACGAUAUCUCACUGUUGCCGUCAUCUUCAGAGGCAGAAUGUCCACGAGGCAAGUAGACGAACAAAUGCGGAAUAUUCAAGAUAAAAAUUCGAGAUACUUCGUGGAGUGGAUUCCCAACUGCAUAAAAACCGCAAUCUGCGAUAUUCCACCUCGAGGAAUCAAAAUGUCAGCUUCAGUUAUCUCGAAUACAACCGCGAUUCAAGAACCACUGAAUAGAAUUUCCGAGGCCUUCGGUGCGAUGUUCAAGAGAAAGGCCUAUGUCCACUGGUACCUGGGGGAGGGUAUGGAGGAAAUGGAGUUCACCGAGGCCCAGGAUGGACUCCACGAACUGAUAUCUGAAUAUCAACAGCACCAGGAGGGAACAGGAUUUGAAGAUAUCUCUGAUGACGACAGUGAAGAGGAAUAAAUCCCCGCAGAAUCUAAUCGGAGAAAUUAAUUUUAAAACGAAACAAUGUUUAAUGUGCAAUUUUUAUUCAUCAAAGACUUUGGUGCUGAGUAUAAAGAUUAUAUUAAAAUCAUAAGAUAUCAUGUCUCUUGGUAAUCAGCUGUAUCACACGCAUCUCAAUCACUCAAUUCCUCUAAAAAAAAAACCCUCAAUAAUCGCAUCAAAAUUUCUAUAAAAAGUAUGAAAAUCUCCCCAGAUUGAUUAUCCACACAAGAAUAAACAAUUCCGUUACACUAAAAAAAGAAUUUCAACAUUAAAAAAUUCACUCUCGAAUCCAAACUAAUUCUUUAAGUAUUACAAAAAAUCAGGGUUUCGAUAAAAAUUUUAAUUUUUAUCUCUCGAAGUCAAACAAUUUUUUUCAAAAAAUGUUUUUUCAGUGCAGAAUGAAAAACCUGACCCCC